AUGCGGCCCACGGGCCUCCUGCACCUCGGCAACUACAUAGGCGCCUUGCAGAACUGGGUAGCCCUCCAGGACGACUACGACUGCAUCUACUGCGCCGUGGACAUUCACGCGCUAACCACCGUCGAAUCCGAGGCCGACGUCGCCUCGAUUCAGUCGAAUAUAGAGGACAUGAUCCUGGACUGGCUGGCCGCCGGGCUUGACCCGGAGCGCAGCAUCAUCUUCGUCCAGUCCCAGGUUCCCGAGGUAAUGACCCUGCACACCUUGCUGAGCAUGGUCACCCCCCUCGGCUGGCUCACCCGCGUACCCACCUUCAAGGAAAAGGUGCGGCAGAUGGAUGAGACCGAAGAAACGGUGAAUUAUGGCCUCGUCGGUUAUCCUGUCCUGCAGACUGCCGACAUCAUUCUCUACAAGGCCGACACCGUCCCCGUGGGCCGCGACCAGAUUCCGCACAUCGAGCUUUCCCGGGAAAUAGCCCGUCGUUUCAACAACUUCUUCGGCGACACCUUCCCGGAGCCUCAGGCUAAGCUGACCGAAUCGCCACUGCUCCUAGGACUGGACGGGCAGGCCAAGAUGUCCAAAUCUUUGGACAAUCACCUGGACCUUGCGGCCACCCCCGACGACACCUCCAAGCGGAUAAUGACCGCCUUCACCGACCCCCAACGAACCACUCGGAACAUCCCGGGUCGGCCCGAGGUCUGCAACGUCUACUCGAUGCAAGGAUGUUCAGCCCCACGGCCAGCGUCACUGCGGCCUAUGACGAGUGCGUUACCGCCACCCGGGGCUGCGUGGACUGCAAGCGCCAGCUCGCUGGCAGCAUCAACGACUUCCUGGAACCCCUGA